AUGGAGCUGCAGGGGGAGGUCAGCCUGGCACUCAUGCUCUGUCUCUCCUGUCUGCUUCUCCUCUCACUCUGGAAAGAGAGCUCUGGGAAAGGGCAGCUCCCGACUGGCCCCACUCCUCUCCCAAUUCUUGGAAAUAUCCUAUAGUUAGAUGUUAAGGACAUCAGCAAAUCCUUAACCAAUCUCUCAAAAGCGUAUGGCCCUGUGUUCACUGGGUAUUUUGGCUUGAAGCCCACCAUUGUGUUGCAUGGUUAUGAAGCAGUGAAAGAAGCCCUGAUUGAUCUGUGAGAAGAGUUUCCUGGAAGAGGCAGUCUCCCUGUGUCUCAAAGAGUUAAUAAAGGACAUGGAAUCCUCUUUAGCAAUGGAAAGAGAUGGAAGGAGAUCUGGCGCAUCUCCCUCAUGACACUGUGGCAUUUCGGGGUGGGGAAGAGGAGCAUUGAGGACCGAGUUCAAGAGGAAGCCCACUGCCUUGUGGAGGAGUUGAGAAAAGCCAGUGGGUCACCCUGUGAUCCCACUUUCAUCCUGGGCUGUGCUCCCUGCAAUGUGAUCUGCUCCAUUAUUUUCCAGAAUCGUUUUGAUUAUACAGAUCAGAAUUUUGUUAACUUGCUGGAAAACUUUAAUGAAAACCUCAGGAUUUAUGAGCUCCCCAUGGAUCCGGGGGAGGAAAAGCACAAUCAACAGAUGGAGUUUACUUUUGAAAACUUGAUAGCCGCUGUAACUGAUUUGUUUGGAGCUGGGACAGAGAAAACGAACACCACACUGAGAUAUGGGCUCCUCCUCCUGCUAAAAUACCAAGAGGUCACAGCUAAAGUCCAGAAAGAGAUUGACUGUGUGAUUGGCAGACACCAGAGUCCCUGCAUGCAGGACAGGAGCCACAUGCCCUACAUGGAUGCUGUGGUGCAUGAGAUCCAGAGAUACAGUGACCUUAUCCCCACCAACCUGCCCCAUGCAGUGACCCGUGACGUUAAAUUCAGAAACUAUUUCCUCCCCAGGGGCACGACUAUAGUAACAUUGCUGAGUUCUGUGCUACAUGAUGACAAAGAAUUCCCCAACCCAGAGGUGUUUGACCCAGUCCACUUCCUGGAUGAGAGUGGCAACUUUAAGAAGAGUGACUACUUCAUGGCUUUCUCAGCAGAUACCUUAUGUGUGUUAUUUUUGGGAAAACAAAAUUGUAUGGGAGAAGGCCUGGUCCGCAUGGAGCUGUUUUUAUUCCUAACCAGCAUUUUACAGAAAUUUACCCUGAAAUCUGUGGUUGACCCAAAGGACAUCAACACCACCCCAAUUUCUAGUGGGUUUGGCCGUGUUCCGCCCUCAUACCAGUUCUGCUUCAUUCCUGUGUGA